CAUGCUGGACACGGGGAAAACGGGCAUCGUGCACGUGUCACAACUUAAGGUCAUCACAUCGAGCAUUGGUCUUCAGAAUGGCGUCAAAAAAGCUGAGGAGUUCUUAAACAUUGAUGGAGUUACAGACAUGGAUUUUAACACAUAUUUCGAAAUAGUGAAAAAUAAUGUUCUCAAUAGUGAAACUAAGCAACACAGUACCAUUUCAUCCCCAUUUAAUGAUACAAUAAAAACUUGUUGGCGUGUUUGUAACUAUGAAAGGAAUCACAAGUCAUCAUCGUUUACGUCCGAACACGGCAUGUUGCUAUGGCGACUGUACAACUUCCUGUCUGAGACGGAUGCGGAUGGAAAAACGCUAUUUCCAAUUGAGCUCGACCCCGAGGAAGCGGUGCUUCUGUUCCGCGGGUUUAUUGACGUCACGGGACAACGAAGCAAGGAGGGCGUCAUCGAAACGUUUCUAAAAGAAACUGGUGACAAAACUGUUACAUUUAGCGAGAUGCUCAAUGUGUUUGAGAGGGAUUUAGUUGUUGGACUGAGUGGCAAAAACAUAUCUGCCGGUCUCCAUGAAUUGUUCGACACUUACAUUUCCAACGUUCUAAUCAAAGGUAUGAUGUGGAAGCGCGGCUUUAAGCACAAGAGCUGGAAAGAGCGUUGGCUCAUCCUCACCCCCGCCCAACUCCGCUACUAUGUCUCCCAGAACGAGAAAGUCCUUAAAGGAACCAUUGUCUUCGACGAGGAAUGCACCAUUGAGGUACCCCCCGACCGCCCCACCAACAAGCCAAACCGGUUCAUAAUCAAGACGCAAAAGAAACCUUACGAUAUGAGUGCUCAUGACAUUAAGAUCAAGAAUGAGUGGGUCUCAGCCAUCACACAAGCUCUAGGCCGCGUUGGUAAGGACCCAAACCUUCAGCGGGAAGAAGCCAUACGACGGUGUUGCGCGCGCAAACAGCGUCGCGAUGAGGCGACGGAAGCUGAGAGGCGGCGACGGGAGGAGGAGGAACUCAGUGCAAGGCGGCAGCAGGAAUUGGAUGAGGAGAAAAGAAAACGACAAGAGGACGAGGAACUGUUACGCGCAAGACUUGGUGAACUGGAAGAGGAACGAAAUCGGCGACUCGAGACGGAAGCGCGACUAGCAGAGGAAACGGCACUGCGGGAGGCAGAGCAGGCGCGGCUGCGGGAGUUGGAGGAGAUACGGCGGCAACUGGAGAGGCUCCUGGAAGAAGAGCGACAGGCCAAGAAGGACGAGGAAAUUGUCAGGAAUCUACAGUCAAAGUUACUGGAAGAGGAAUUCGAGAGGCGGGCGGAACUUGAACGUCUGCAGGCGCAGCAGGCCGCCUUGUUAGAUGCAGAGCGCGAGCAGAAGGCAGCUCUAGAGGGCGACCGGAAGUUGCAGGAGCAGCUGCUAGCCGAAGCAAGAGAGAGGCUUGAACAACUUGAUGCGGAACGGAGGAUGGCCGCUGAAAAAAUGAAGGAGGCGGCAGAAAAGCUACAGCGCGCCGAGAAGGACCGGAAGAUCCUGGAGGAGAAGGCGCGACUGUGGCGGCAGCCUGUGGGUCUCGCAAGGCUCAUUACACCUUCCGCCAACCCACACAUCACACACAGGGGUGUAGGCGCCUUCUGUGACCGUGACUUUGUUAGGAAAGGGACAGAACAGGCGCCAAGUAUGAGUGGCGACAACGGAGGUGUUAGUCGCACUGAUAAUGAAAAUGAUGGGAAAGAAGAGAAGAGUAACAAAGUAAACGAAUUAGAUGAUUUAGUUGUUUCCGAAACUGAUAGUCCUGAAAGCACUAACAAAGUUAAUACUAUUGAACGCAGUGAUAGCCCCGAAGCAUCUUUUAAUAGCGUUUCUGAUUCAGUUACUACGGGAGAUAAAGGUGUCGGUGGCGAAACAGAAUGCACAAAUAAAAAACAAGAAGAACUUGUUGGGAAAACUCAUGAAGAUUUGGUGCAUAUUGACAAUACUGAGGAAACGAGACUAGAAGAACACGACGUAGCAGUUUCCCCUAGUGAGAUACAUGGUGUAAAUGAUCAAUCUGACAGUGAGUCAGACGACGAAUCGAAUUGUGCUCACGUACAGGAACAAGGGACUGACAGUUUAGAGCAAGACCUAGAAUCAGGUGACAAUGAAAGUAAUGAGACUAAGACUGAACAAAGGGAUGGUGAAAUACAUGAUAUACAUUCCGUAGACACAGUGGAAGAUCAGACUACAGAAGAAAUUCCGGAGCAAAUAAAUGAGCUUGCAGUUGAUGAGAAGACAAAACAAACAUUGGACGACGAAAAACAGCAGACCGAAUAUUUGUUUUCAGAUGAAACUGAAGUAGUGAUGAAUGGGAAUGUUAUCUCACAAGAGCAGUCCGAGUCCAACGAUGACAACACGCUUGGUUCGAACGAACAAAUCACCUGUCAGGCGGACAAAACUGUCGUCACUUGUGAGAAAGACUCUAACUCUGAAAAAAAACUUACAAAUGGAAACUGUAAUGAUAUUUCAGUUACUGAAUAAAUAUGUUCGUUUUUCUAAAGACAUUAAGACGCGAUUGGUGUAUUAUGUAAUGUUAAUUCCACUAUGUCUAUUAUGGCUCUAAGCAGUUGGUCUCUCGCUAUCUACGAUUGUGUACGUAUGUGAUGCGUUUAUAUUCUUCUAUGUUAUAAACUAACGCUUCUCGUGGAUGUUAGUAGCAGAUAUUGUACAUAUGCCGUAUUUAAUGCGUGUUGCUAUUCGGUGAAUUUAUUGUAAAAAGAAGGUUCAAUUCACUUAUUUCCCGUAAUUUAUAACAUAAUAUGAAAUUGAUAAAUACGUUUUCAAAAAAGAAAGAAAAUAAAAGAUUAAAAAAAAGCCAUUCCAUGUAUCUUAUAUAAUGCAUUUUAUUUAUAAAUAAAAUAUGCAAGAUAAAGGCUUUGAUCGAGUAAAUCCAAUCCUAUUGAUUAUAAAACUAUUAAAUACACGAAAGCUUGCGACGAAAUUGGUGCAAUGAUUCAGGUUGAGAAGCGAUCUAAAACUACCUUUAAAUUAAUACUUAUUGUACGAAUUAAACGUGAUUCAAUUUCCCAUUUAUUAAGUGAAAUAUAAUUAUAUACUCAAGUUUCAGGUUUGAAGUUAGUUCAUAUACACUAAUGUCACGAACAAGGACGAGGGCAUGGGCAUAUAUAUACACCAUAUACAUAUGCAUUUUCUAUAUAUUUUUUUUGCUAAAUAAGUUCAAAUGGAGGAGUACAUAACAUUACUAUUUCUCAAACUAAAUUUAUCAACAACAUACUUCAAAAACUUACAUGAUUUUAUUUUCAAUAAAUAUUUUUCUAUAUUCAGAAAAAUAGUAACAUUCGAGUAAAUACUGGACAGGAACUGACGUUUAGACUCUUCUAAUUAAUACACUCUUUCAAUUAAUAGAAAUUGAAAGCAUUUUAAUUGUAAAAGUAAAGAGCAGAAAAAGGUAAACAGCAGAAAAAAUGACAACGCUGGACUAGGUGAAUUUUAUAUGAAUAGUGAAACAAUACCUAAGGGCAACCUGUGGAAAUUUUCACGAACGAAACCGAAAAAAGACCUUUCCGCCCAAAAGUUGACAUUUAUAAUUACAAUCUAAUCAAGUAGUCGAAACAAUUUAAAUGCAUUUAAUUUAUUACGACUUUUUUUGUGAAACGAGGCCCAGACUGGUCUGUACUUGCCGGCAAGUUUGAAGGUAACAUUGUGAACAUAAAUAGGUAGAGGCCAGGUUUGGUGGUAACUUUGUGAACAUAACCAGCCUCAACUGUUGAGAACAGGGAACACAAGAUAAGAUGGGAUAAGAUAAGAUAAGAUUAUAUUUGUUUUGAAUCAGCACGACAUUGGCCGUUCAACAUCGGGUAGUAAGACGCGAGUCUAAUCAAACAGCCGCAGCUGAUGAAACAAAGUACACAUGGAAAAUACACUGUGCGUUCCUUUAAUUGCAUUUGUAUGUCUUAAAAUGUUUUGUUUCUGUAUUAUUUGUAUUUAUUUACCAACCUUUUGUGUUAUA